AUGAAGAUCGCUACGACCACCACAGCAACAACAACAACAACCUCAACAACAGCAACAACAACAGCAGCAAACGACAAAGAAGGCAGCCACUCAGGUACAGGCAAUGAGAGGAACAUCGAUCCCGUUCCCCCCCCUCCGCUUCCACCAUACAACAGCAGCAGCAACAGCCGCGCUAUGAGAGACAAGCCCAAAAGCAUACUAACGAAAAUCAAUCCCCAGAACAACCCCAAAGAAGGACUGCAACAGUCACCACACCCUUACCACAAACCCACUUAUCAACCACCAUUGAAUAAGCCCGAAAUUGGUGGGUGUGGUGAUAAGGAUACUACGAGAAGUCCUUACCGCAAUGACUACGAGUUCAAAUCCAUUAACGGCGAUAUUAAACUCCUUAACUCAACUUUCAGCUACUAA